CAAACCUCCAAUAUUUGAAUCGCAAUCGGUACCUCCUUGAUCACUUCGUCGAGGAAUCGAUAACUCUCGAGCAGAGCGCCUGCCUGUAUUUUCCUAUCAAUACCCAUCACGACUUCACCCGCCAAAGACCACCCGCGAGGAACCACACCCCAACCACAAUGGGAGUCGAAGUCCCCGAAAUCGGCACGAAAGACCUAGACUGGCGUCCAAUCCGCGACCGAGAUGAACUCCACCGUCUCCGCGACCGCGUUGGCCAAAUCCUUGGCAUCCCCGAAGACCGCGGGCGGCGACAACGGUUCCCCGGUGCCCAACCCGUUAGUUUCAGCAAACACCACCUCGACGAACUAAAGCAUGAGGACUACUACGUUUGCGAAAAAUCCGAUGGGUUGAGGUUGCUGAUGUACAUCACGCAAGAACGGGGGGGUGAGGUUGUGUAUAUGAUUGACCGGAAGAACGAGUAUUAUCAGCUACCGCCUAGCAUGCACGUUCCUUGUGCGGGAGACCGGACGCUGGAACAGGCAGUGCAUAGGGAUACACUUCUUGAUGGAGAGGUUGUUUAUGAUUUUGAGAAGAGGGUGGGGGCGGAUGGUGUGGAGACCAAAGUUAAGCGGUUGAAUUACCUGGUUUUUGAUUGUAUGGUGAUGGAUGGGAAGCGCCUCGUGGAGCGCACGUAUGAUAAAAGGCUUGCGUAUUUUAGAGAGAAUAUUGGCGUGCCGUAUGAGCAAUACCGUGUGAAGAUGCGCACAGAGAAGAGACGACCGCCGCCACUGUUCAUUAAGGAGAAGGGGUUUGAGUUUGCGUAUGGCAUGGUGCACAUGUUCCGUAACGUGCUACCAAACCUGACGCAUGGGAACGAUGGCCUCAUCUUCACAAAUCGCAUCGCGCCAUACGAGUUUGGCACAUCAGACAAAAUUCUAAAGUGGAAACCAGCACACGAAAACACAAUCGACUUCAGACUCGACAUCGAACCUGCCAAAACCCCUGACGGCCACGAAGACUUCGACCUCAUCCCCUCACUCCACCUCUACCAAUGGGAAGGCGGGCCCUCCUAUACCUACUUUGCACCCCUCCAUGUCGACACAUCCGACUGGGACCGCAUGAUGCGCGAACGCGGCGAUAACCCCAUGCCCGGCCUCAUCGUCGAAUGCCGACUAGACAAAGGGGGACGCUGGAGAUUUAACCGGUUUCGACCGGAUAAGGAGGAUGGGAAUCAUAAGAGUGUGGUGGAGAAGGUGUUGAGGAGUAUUGAAGAUGGGGUUACGGAGAGGGAGUUGCAGAGUCAUGAUUGGGAGAUUAAGAAGGCGUGGAAGGAGAGGAAUGCGGCAUUGUGUCGGGGUCGGGGUCAGAAGUGA